AUGGUUGUUUUUCGUUGGUGCGGUGCGGUUGUCAGCCAGAAUCCUGAAGCGACUAUUGUCCCUUUCAAUUCCCCUCCCCUACCUGAGGCCCUGAAGCCUGGGUAGCCGAUCCAUCCGAAAUUCCGAAACCCCUGCGGCAUGGGAAUGGAAAUCGAGAGGCCGCCGCAGCCACCGCCUGUCGCUGCUGCCAUGGCUGCGGCGGCAGCCAUUUCCACGGUGCUCGGCGACGACGACCUUCUGCGCGAGAUCCUCGUACGCCUCGGCCUCCCCACCAGUCUCCUCCGUGCCGCUCUCGUCUGCCGGCGCUGGCUCCGCCACGCCUCCGAUCCGGCCUUCCUCCGCCGAUUCCGUGACCUCAACCCGCCCCGUCUCCUCGGCGUCUACCUCUCCACCUCGUCCGGCCCCGCCCCGCGCCUGCGGUUCCUCCCGAUUCGUCCGGUCCCGGAGCUCGCCGCCGCCGCCCGCCGCGCCGGCUCCUUCUUCAACGCCUUCAAGGGAUCCUCGGCCGCUGUCUACGACAGCCGCGGUGGCCGCCUCCUCGUCACCACCUUCGAUGACCGCCACGACUCCACGCACCAGGUCUGCCGCCCGCUGUCUCCGGGCGGGGACACCACCGUGGUUCCGCCGCCCCCGCCGCCGCCGCCGAUCCAGCUCAACAACGACGAGGAGUGCCUCAUCUACCACUACGGUGAAUUCCUUCGCGAUGAUGGCGACGGCCGCUCCUACUUCUGCGUGGUGAUGGGGUUUAGUGAGCUGCAGACCACCGUGUACUUGUACGAGUUGCACAACAUCAACUGGGUUGUCAAAGCCUCGGCGGCCGUGUUGCUCGCUUUAUUGCCACCGAAACCAAGGGUUAUGCUCUUCGAUAGCGCCAACUUCUACAUGUUGUCCGCAACCAACAGGAUUCUUGUGUGUGAUUUUCCAUCCUCAAGUAUCUCAGUCAUGGAGCUCCCCAAUGGGGUGGAGAACAAGCCCGGUGGUUGCAUCAUGCUUUCCAGGGGAGAUAGUUCUGGAAUCUUUCUGAUCUAUGUCAAAGAGUUUCAGCUACACAUCUUCCACCAUAGGAUGGGCAUCAAUUAUCCAAGCAACUGGUCCCUAGUGGAUUCUGUUUCUUUGCGUCAGGUAUGCGCCAAUCUUGAUAUGGCAAGGUGGCCAUCUGUGAAUGGACCUAGUGCUGGUGUUAAAUUGUGCGCAGUUGGGGACAAUGCGGAGUUUGUGCUCUUGGAGAUAUUUGGUACUAUUGUAUUCUUGGAUAUUACAAGCAGGCAAGCAGAGAAGGUGUAUGAGCUGACACCAGAGGAUAAAGAGUUGGUCAGUGUCCGCCCCCUGAUGUUGAUAUGGCCUCCUGUUUUCCCUCAGUUGAAGGAUGCAUAUUAUGACAAAAAAGAGUGAUGCAAAGUUUCUUUUGCCCUGUGGCAGGCUCAAAAUACAGCUUCAGAGGAACCAGUUCAAAGCUCAACCUGCAGGUCCAAAGAUGAGAAUGAGAAGCAUAACAAUAUCACUGAAGAGGCUUCAUGAUGAGCACACCCUGUUCCGAGGUGGCGAGGUGUAGUAAAAACGAGAGAGAAUAAAGGGAGGCUAGUUCAUGUAAAUAACUUUGAAUAAAAAAUAGUUGUUAAACUACUUGUUUAGAUCAGAUCAUUUGAUGUAAAUAAUGAUUUAUCGAAACCCGACGGCACUUUCUAAUUAUUCGUAUGCCAGGCUUUUCUUUAUAAUCUAUAAUAAGAUUUUCUUA